AUGUCAGGCUAUUCAUCUUUAGUUUAUGUUUUACUGUGUCUUUGCAACCUCUCUUCUUCAGAAGCUAUCAUCGAUGGAUUCAGUGUGGAGAUAAUCCACCGUGACUCAUCAAAAUCACCAUUCUAUCGUUCCACAGAAACUCAAUUCCAAAGAACUGCUAAUGCCCUGAGUCGUUCCAUUAUCCGUGUCAAUCAUUUCAACCAAUCUUUUGUGUCUCAAAACACACUUCAGGCCCCAGUAACCUCAGCUCCAGGUGAAUAUCUAGUGAAGUAUUCAGUUGGAAGCCCUCCACUCCCGGUCUAUGGAAUUGUUGAUACGGGUAGUGACAUUACUUGGCUGCAAUGCCAACCAUGUAUAAAAUGUUACAAGCAAAUCACUCCUAUCUUUGAUCCUUCAAAAUCCAAAACAUACAAAACCAUCCCUUGCCCCUCGGCCACUAGCAAUUGUGUAUAUACUAUUGACUAUGCUGAUGAGACACACUCACAAGGAGAUCUUAGUGAAGAGACCCUUACUUUACUCUCCACCAAUGGCUCUCCUAUCCAAAUUCCUCGAAUUGCAUUUGGAUGUGGUCAUAUCAAUGCUGUUUCCUUUGAAAGAGGAAAUUCUGGCAUAUUUGGCUUAGGACGCGGAGCUGUAUCCCUUAUAAAUCAAUUGCGUUCUUCAAUAGGUGGAAAGUUUUCUUAUUGUUUGGUACCAGCACAUUCACAAUCUACUAUAUCUAGCAAACUCAAUUUUGGAGGUGCUCCUGUGAUAUCUGGGCCUGGGACUGUCUCAACCCCAUUAUUUGCACAAAAUCGAGAACCAUUUUACUACCUACACUUAGAAGCAUUUAGUGUCGGAAGCAAUAGAAUAGAGUUUGGAAGCUCUUCAUCUAAACCUGGUGGAAAUGGAAAUAUCAUAAUUGACUCAGCAGUUGCAAGUGCAGUUAACUUGAAGCGUGCUAAGGAUCCAAAUCAAGUGUUGAGUCUUUGCUACAAAGCUAAUAGACUUGAUGCACCAGUGAUCACAGCACAUUUUACUGGUGCAAAUGUCAUUUUGUAUGGUCUCAACACCUUUGUUCAAGUGGCCGAUGAGGUUGUAUGCUUGGCUUUUCUGCCAAGUGUAACUGGUGCUGUCUUCGGAAACUUGGCUCAGCAAAACAUUUUGGUUGGCUCAGCAAAACAUUUUGGUACAGUAUCAUUCAAGCUUGCAGAUUGCACUAAGCAAUGA